CCACCCUGUCACCCCCACAAAAUAAGUUCUGCGGCGGCGAUGGCGCUCUCCUCCUCCCGGCCGAAGCACCUCCUGCGCCCCAUCCUGCGGGGUUUCCACGCCUCAGCGCGGGCCCUGGCGCGGGUGGAGCCGCACGAGUUCUCCAAGCCCAGCGAGUACCUGGGCAGCUGGGAGCCCGCGGCGGAGCCUCGGGAGGCGUGGGCGCGGCUGGACCGGCUGCGCAAGGGGUACGCGAGCGAGGUGCGGGAGCUGCGGCGGCAGUACGCCUACGAGGUGCAGCUGUUGCAGGCCGAGCGGCAGCGGAAGGCCGACGCCAGAGCCGAGGCCGCCCGCGCCGCCAACCAGGAGCGCAAGGCCGCCAAGCUCGCCGCCGCCCAGACGCGCGCCGCCGAGCGCCGCGCGUUCGAGGAGGACUUCCGCCAGACCCUCAUGAAAGAAAGAGCUGAGAAGCUGGAGAGCUGGCGGAAGAAGGAGAAGCGCAAAGAGGAGAAGAAGGCAAUAAAGAAGGAGCUCCUGCGCAGGAAGAGCAGCAUGUGGCUUUCUGAAGAUAAGAUUGAAGAACAAAUACAAACUGCUAUCAUGCAAACCACUCCUCUAUGAGGUUGGUUCUGCGAGGAAAGCUGAUAAUAGUAGCUUGCGAAUCAUGAGGAGGGGGGGUGGACAUCACAUGGACGUGCUCGUCGUUACCUGUGAGAAGCUAAUAAGAACGGACCUGGUAUUUGGCGUGGAAAAGGCCGUGUGUUUAUUUAGUUAGACUUGAUCACACCAAAAGCUGUGCCUGGAGAGAUGGCUGAAUCUGCUGUGCCUUCCUUUUUCACGAUCCAUUUGUUGUUCUCGUCUGCUUAAACUCUUGGCGUGAUCUGGACGGAACAUAUUUUUGGCAAUUUUCUUACUUGGACGAAGAAUGACCAUCAUCAUCGAUGUUGUC